AUGCCCAAACAGAAACGAAUAAUGGAAAGUGCAGCUUUUGUGAACACGGGUUUGCAAAGUUCAGCUGGCUUGAAUACAGUCCAGCAAAAGAUGCAGCCUUUUGCUUUUGUUGUCGGGCGUUUCUGCAGAUUCUGCGGUCGUCAAGCGCACCCCCGCAACGAGUGCCCGGCUAGACAAGCCAAGUGUCACUACUGUCGACGCCUGGGUCACUUCGAAGAUGUCUGCGAGAAGCGGAAACGAAGUUUGAGCACUGUUCAUCUACAUGCCGUUUCGACCGCGGGCCGAGCGAAGUUUGUCAAGGUCGCCGUCAACGGGUACGACGUCGACUUCAAAGUGGACUCCGGAGCCGAAGUCACGGUGGUGCCAAGCACGUUUCCCGGAGCACCUCGCAGUCUCCAAGAGCCUGAAGGGCAACUCACUGGACCGGGCAAUCACCCAUUGACAGUUCUCGGUACCUUCCAAGCCACAUUGACUUGGAAAGGCAAGUCGGUAGUGGAGCGGGUUUAUGUCCUGCCGUCGCAAGACCCGCCUCUUUUGGGGUUUCCUGCCAUCCAGAAGCUGGGUGUGGUGAAGUUCGUUGACGCCCUCUCCAGUCUCAACCAGCAGAGCCCUCUUCACAGCGACAUCUUUGAAGGGUUGG